AGUUCGUUUACUACCAUAUAGGAACGCCCAGAUCUUGCUUUCCUGCGUAACCGCCCUCGAAUUAAUUAAAUGGGCAGAUACUAGCCGUAGUAUGGGACUUGCGUAAGAGUCGAGGUGGUUUUUCAUAAAAGUUGAGAACGAGCUUGGAAACCGUGCUACGCCUCAGGACUCUGUUAGCAUGGCGCUGCCCUUCUCGAAGGACCUGGAGAAGUACAAGGAUGUCAACGAGGAUGAACUCCUCAGCAAGCUGACUGAGGAGGAGCUUAAGCAGCUGGAAUGUGCUCUGGAGGAACUGGACCCGGAGAAUGCACUGCUGCCGGCAGGCAUGCGUCAGAAGAGCCAGACCAGCAAGGCUGCCACCGGCCCCUUGGACAGGGAACGCCUGCUGAGCUUCUUGGAGAAGGAGGCGAUGGAACUCCAGGACCGAGAAGACGUGGUUCCAUUUACGGGCGAGAAGAAAGGCAAAGCUUGGGUGCCGAAACGGAAGCCAGCUGAAGCUCUCCAGGAGGACACGACCACACUGGACCCAGAACUGGAAGAAGCCCUUUCGGGGGCCACAGACACCGAGCUGUGCGACCUGGCGGCUAUUCUUGGAGUGCAUACCCUGGUGACUAAUGCGCAGGGCUAUGAUGGCGCCUGCAGUAAAGGAGGCUACAGCAAUGUCAUCAAGGGGGAGACGGUGAAGCCGGUCUUCGACGAGCCGCCCAACCCCACCAACGUGGAGGAGACCCUGCAGAGGAUCAAGGCCAACGACCCGACUCUGAAGGAGGUCAACUUGAACAAUCUCAAGAACAUUCCCAUCCCAACACUGAAGGACUUUGCCAAAGCCUUGGAGAAGAAUACUCACGUGAAGAAGUUCAGCCUUGCAGCGUCUCGGAGCAACGAUCCCAUUGCUGUGGCCUUUGCUGACAUGCUGAGGAGCAACAAGACCCUGAAGAGUCUGAACCUGGAGUCCAACUUCAUGACCAGCGCCGGUGUUCAGGCCCUGGUGGAGGCGCUGCGGGAUAACGACACACUGACAGAAAUCAAGAUCGACAAUCAGCGACAGCAAUUGGGGACCAAGGUGGAGAUGGAGAUUGCCAAGAUGCUGGAGAGCAACCAUAGCAUCACCAAGUUUGGCUACCAUUUCACCCAGCAGGGUCCAAGGGCGCGGGCAGCGGCCGCUGUCACGAAGAACAAUGAUCUGGUUCGCCGAAAGCGGGUGGAAGGCGACGCGUAGAUCUUCGGGCAGCUCAUCCGACUGUGGACUCCUCCACCUCCCAUUUUCCUGCAGUCAUGUGCCAAACUACAAGGCAUGACCUCCUUAACCUAGGAACAAGGGAACUGACUGGAAUCCACCCUCUACCAUUCUCACUCCUCCUGUCAUAUAGUCCACUCCCGUAGUUUCGUCUCGCUUUCUCUUGCCCAUGCGUGCAUCACCUGUGGCCAUUUGCAGGGGGAGCUGCUUGGCAAGCAGACGUUCCAUAUGUCGGCCAUGCAGGGCAGGACCUGGGGGAGGGACUGGGACUUCAUCUGGAACGCAGUUCUGUCAUUUUAUUUCUUUUGAAAUAUUUUUUAAUAUUGUGAAGCUGAAGUCCAACAAAAGGCCAAGUUAUGAACCCAAGGAGUGUGCAUGUAUGUGUGUGUGUUCUGUGUGGGAGAGAACUGAUGUUAUUCCAUUAACUUACUCACUAUACUUAGGUCAUUAAUCUCCUUCUGCAACUUUUCCAUCUGCCUGCCUGUGCUCUGACUGUAGCUGUGUAUUUGCCGGUGCUUCUGCUGGUUGGGCACUUUAUUGAAGAUCUGAAGAUCAUAUGGAACUGAUCUCUGCAACAGCUGUUAAAUGACGCUGCCUGCGGGCCCCGGGACCUUGGAAGCCAUGCGUUCACCCCGCCUGCGGGCCCCGGGACCUUGGAAGCCAUGCGUUCACCCCCCUGCAGCAACAGACCUUUGGAUUCUGUAGCCUGGUAGCUUGAGCUUCUGCAGACAUUAAUCUGCUUGGUUCUGGUUCUCUGAUCCAGCAGCACUGCCCAAGGCGACACGUUCUUGGGGCAGAUGUCUCUAAGGACCCCCCUCACUGGAGGUGGCCACCAUGUGGGCAGCUAAAGACCUUAUGGACCAAGAAGCAUGAGUAUUAAUUUAAAAGGAAGAAGUAUCAGACCAUCCAUCUAGUUCUGUGCUAUAGAUGGCCAUUCCAAGGACGCUUACGCUGCCUCUGUCUCUUUAAUGUGCUGAGUAUCUUGUAUGCAGUGAGUGCUUCUCCCCUGUCUGUGUGGGUGUUUUCUCACCAAGCCUGUGCAAGUCGAGAGCUCCGAACCCUGCUGCACAAAAAAAAAAAAAAAAAAAUCAUCCAAGCUGCUGUUUCUCUAGAGAUGUGUUUCCUGGUCCUUGGGCACCCACAGCCAGCUCUCUCCCUCCCCUCCCUCCCAGCUGGACUUGUCUAAUGGGAGCAGAAAGAUGGACCAACCGUGGGUCCCCGAGGACCACAUUGGGAAACGCUGGUCUACAGAAUGUAAAUUUUGAAGCAAAAUAAAUGCGGGCGUAUUCUGAAUGGUUCCACUCAGCUGGUGGCUUCGCAUCAGCGCGCUGUCCGGAUGCAUGGGGGUGUUUAUGUGCCCUAAAUGUGAAAACAAACAUUCCCACAAGCUGCUGCCUCCGAUGUCCGUAAAACACUGGUGUGGAAAUGGCUUCUGACCUGUUUUUAUUUGUGUUUUUUUUAACCAGUUCCCAGACCUUUUCAUGGAUUGUAAAAUGUUCUUUUAAUAUGUUUUUAUAGUUUUGUUAAUAAACCAUCAUUCUCUCAAA